AGCUAUCUUCACGAUCAAUGUUUUUAUUUAUGUCAAAUUGCUAACUUGGUUAUUUGUAAAUAUUGAAUACAAAGUCUUCUUUUUCUCUCUCGAUUGCUGUAAAAACAAAAUCAUACUGCAGUUGAAGAACAUUAUUGUAUAUUAUUAAAUAAAUUGCAAGAAAUAUAAAAUCGCACUCUCCGUAAAUUAAUUUACAAAAAUGGGACGCCGCAAGUCGAAAAGAAAGCCACCAGCGAAACGUAAGGCAAUUCAACCUCUGGAUGUACAAUUCAAUUGCCCUUUUUGCAAUCACGAAAAAUCUUGUGAAGUUACAAUGGAUAAAGGGAGAAACACAGCCAGGAUAACUUGUAGGGUAUGCCUGGAGGAUUUUCAAACAACUACAAACUUUUUAUCAGAACCUGUUGAUGUUUACAACGAUUGGGUCGAUGCUUGUGAAUCUGCCAAUUGA